AUGGCGGACGAGAACCCGGACCUCCAGUACGCUUUGCGGACGUUGGACAGAGAAUUCGAGGAGGGUGAUAUCACCGAGAAAGGGUACCAAAAACGUCGCACCCUACUACUCUCGCAAUUCCUCGGCCCAAAUAAACCGCUCGAAAUAAAUGCCCACGGCGAACGUGAUGAUCAAUAUGAUCAAUAUAAUGAAUCUGACGGCACCCAUAUGGCCCCUCCCACGAUUUUGAACGUUCGGCCGCCUACUGCAGACUCGUCGCAGCAUGGCCUUUCAUCUCCGACCUAUUCUGGCGGCUUCGAUGGUAUGCAAGGCGGAUCAUUCGGGUACAACCAUGCCCCCAGUAUGAAUACGCAAAAUCCGCCAUCGGCAGCCCCCGGAUCCUUCGAUAGGGAUAGCUUAGGGAUGUUACAAGCUCACGAGCGAGUACCCUCCUCCUCGUCAUAUGAUUCGUUGUUCCUCCCAAGGCCUAUGCCCCCGGGCUCUCACGGCCCCGAUGGCUCCAGAACAGCCACUUUGAUGAGCCAAAACUACGCUUUCAACCCCAAUGCUCAACCCGAGUACGUGGCUCACCCUGAAUACGUGGAUGACGGCAUGGAAAGCUAUGAGCCAGUAUCUGGUGGGGUCACGCGACAGUCAACGAUGCUUGACUCUCAACAAGGAUUCUUCUCGGAUUUCGCUGGUCAACACGACGACUACCGCGAGAGCUACGGUGGCGGAUACCAUCGUUAUUCUCAGUCUGGAGAAGCAUUUUCACCAACGGCAAACAUGGCGCCGCCAUUUAUCCCUCCCUCAGAAUUACCUCAUGGACCAGCCAUUGAGCAUCUUAUGCCCCUUGAGCCUCGAGAUAUCCCAUUCGGCGUGAACGAUCCACAUGACAAAAACAUACCAAUGUCGACUUUUGACAAUCUUCCUGCCGUUCUCCGUCAUCGCUCCCGGGCGCAUCCCAAGCAGCCAGCAUAUUGGGUUUUGGACCAAAAGGGAAAGGAAAUCGCUUCUAUAACCUACGACAAGCUAGCAAGCCGGGCAGAGAAGGUAGCUCAGGUUAUUCGUGAUAAGAGCAAUUUAUAUCGUGGCGAUCGUGUCGCCUUGAUCUAUCGCGAUGCUGAGAUCAUUGAGUUCGCCGUCGCCCUCAUGGGCUGCUUUAUUGCAGGGGUAGUAGCGGUUCCCAUCAACAGCCUUGAUGACUACACAACAUUAAACUUGGUGCUUACGUCGACCCAGGCCCAUCUGGCCUUGACCACUGAAAAUAAUCUGAAAGGCUUCCAGCGCGAUAUAACUGCGCAAAAGCUGAACUGGCCGCGUGGGGUUGAAUGGUGGAAGACCAAUGAAUUUGGGAGUUUUCAUCCUAAAAAGAAGGACGAAACGCCUCCCCUUGUUGUUCCCGAUUUGGCAUACAUCGAGUUUGCACGAGCACCCACCGGAGAUAUGCGUGGCGUCGUGAUGAGCCAUCGAACUAUCAUGCAUCAAAUGGCUUGCCUCAGUGCCAUUGUGUCGACAGUGCCUACUGAGUCUAGUGCUAGGCAAUUUGGAACCAAAGGAGAAACCAUAACCAGUUAUCUAGACCCCAGACAGGGAAUUGGUAUGAUACUGGGAGUUCUCCUGACUGUAUAUGGUGGCCAUACCACUGUCUGGCAUGAAGAUCGUGCUGUCGAAACACCUGGUCUAUAUGCUCACAUCAUCACCAAGUACCGAGCGACAAUAAUGGCUGCCGACUAUUCUGGCCUGAAGAUUGCCACAUACAACUAUCAACAAGAUCCGAUGGCCACUAGAUCUUACAAAAAGAAUGCUGAGCCGAACUUCAGUAGCGUGAAGCUUUGUCUGAUCGAUACACUGACUCUUGACCCCGAGUUCCACGAGAUCCUGGCAGAUAGAUGGCUACAGCCAAUGAGAAACCCAAGAGCGCGGGAAAUUGUUGCACCAAUGCUCUGCUUGCCAGAGCAUGGUGGUAUGGUCAUCAGUAUGCGUGACUGGGUUGGCGGCGAAGAGCGAAUGGGCUGUUCCUUGACUCAUGAGCUAGAUCCUGCACAGCGCGUUUCCAAAGAUGACGACAAAGAAGAGGAGUCCGGUACCAAAACUGGCUUUGGAAGUAGUCUUCUUGGCGGAGCUUCUCGCUCUCGUCUUCCUACGACUAAGCAGAAAUCCAAGCACGACUUGAGCGAGGUUCUUCUUGACAAGGAAGCUCUUAAGAGUAAUGAGGUUGUUGUUCUCGCCAUGGGCGAGGACGCCCGAAAGUAUGCCAGUAUCAUGCCUCACGCAGUACGUAUCGGUGCUUUUGGUUUCCCGCUCCCCGAUGCGACACUUGCUGUUGUUGACCCCGAAACCAACCUGCUGUGUACACCCAAUGUGGUUGGAGAAAUCUGGGUGGACUCGCCUUCUCUUUCCGGAGGCUUCUGGGCGCUACCGAAGCACACAGAGGCAAUCUUUCACGCAAGACCGUACAAGUUUGAAGACGCCAACCCUACUCCCGUGCUUGUUGAGCCCGAGUUUUUGCGUACAGGUCUGCUGGGGUGUGUUAUCGAAGGUAGGAUAUUUGUCCUCGGUUUGUACGAAGAUCGACUUCGCCAAAAGGUAGAGUGGGUUGAGCAUGGCCAAGAGGUGGUUGAACAUCGUUAUUUCUUUGUUCAGCAUCUCGUCGUGAGCCUCCUCAAGAAAGUACCUAAAAUCCAUGACUGUACUGCAUUCGAUGUUUUUGUCAAUGAUGAACAUUUACCGGUUAUUGUACUGGAGUCUUAUGCUGCCUCAACAGCACCCACGACCAAUGGUGGUCCUCCUCGGCAAUUGGACUCCGUGCUUCUUGAUUCGCUAGCGGAGAGGUGUAUGGAAGUCCUUUAUCACGAACAUCAUCUUCGCGUCUACUGUAUUCUUCUUACGGCCCCGAACAGCCUCCCUCGUGUCACCAAGAGCGGUAGACGGGAAAUCGGUAACAUGCUCUGUCGGAAAGAAUUCGAAGCUGGUAUCCUGCAGGCUGUACAUGUGAAGUUUGGCGUGGAGCGAUCUGUGAUGAAUCUACCCAUGGGAGUUGACCCUGAAGGCGGAAUUUGGUCCCCACUCUCACUGGCUUCGAGACAAGACGUUCUUGCCUAUCAAGAGAAGCAGUAUUCAGGCGUGGACUACCGGGACGUUGUUAUGGAUGACCGAACCUCUACACCUCUCAAUAAUUUCAAGACCAUCACUGAUCUUCUCCAAUGGCGUGUUUCACGCCAGGCUGAAGAACUAGCUUAUUGUUCUAUUGAUAGCCGAGGUAAGGAGGGCAAGGGUAUCACUUGGAAGAAGUUUGAUCUCAAGGUAUCAGCGGUAGCCACAUACCUCAAAAAUAAGGUCAAGGUACGACCAGGCGAUCACUUAGUAUUGAUGUACACUCACUCCGAGGAGUACGUUUAUGCUGUUCACGCCUGUUUCUGCCUCGGCGUCGUAGUUAUUCCCAUGGCUCCACUCGAUCAAAAUCGGUUGUCGGAGGAUGCUCCCGCAUUUCUUCAUGUGAUUAGCGACUUCAGCGUCAAGGCGAUUAUUGUCAACACUGAAGUGGACCAUGUCAUGAGACAAAAGCUUGUCUCCCAGCACAUUAAACAGUCUGCUCAAGUCCUUCGAAUCGGUGUUCCGGCAAUUUACAACACGACCAAACCAUCAAAGCAGUCGCACAGUUGCCGAGAGCUUGGAUACACCGUCAAGGAUACCUGGCUGCAGGGCAAACAGCCGGCAUUAGUUUGGACUUACUGGACGCCAGACCAACGGCGAAUUUCCGUUCACAUUGGUCAUGAUACAAUCAUGGGAAUGUGUAAAGUGCAAAAAGAGACUUGUCAAAUGACAAGUAUGAGACCGGUACUUGGCAGUGUGCGUAGUACUUUAGGUCUUGGAUUUCUUCACACUUUGCUGUUGGGUAUCUAUGUCGGCGCCCCCACAUACCUUGUCUCGCCUGUGGACUUUGCUCAAAACCCUAUGACUUUGUUUUUGACACUUUCACGAUACAAGAUUAAAGACACAUAUGCAACUGCUCAGAUGCUAGAUUACGCUACCAGUGCUAUGGCUGCAAAGGGAUUCCAGCUGCAAGAGCUCAAGAAUUUGAUGAUCUCGGCAGAUGCUAGGCCCAGAGCGGAUAUCUAUCAAAAGACGCGCUUGCAUUUCGCCUCUGCUGGCUUGGACCGCACCUCUAUCAACGUUUCGUACUCACAUGUGCUUAACCCUAUGAUCGUCACAAGAUCUUAUAUGUGCAUUGAGCCAAUUGAGAUCUGGCUGGAUAUUCGUAGCCUCCGCCGCGGGUUGAUUUAUCCAGUCGACCCAGACGCUGAUCCUUCCGCUCUUCUCGUCCAAGAUUCCGGCAUGGUACCUGUCAACACACAGAUUGCAAUUGUGAAUCCGGAAACAUGCACUCUAGCUCACGUCGGUGAAUAUGGUGAAAUAUGGGUUCAGUCCGAUGCAUGUGCGAAGGGCUUCUAUCGAUCGAAGCAGGAGUUUGACGCUGAACGAAUGAAUGGUCGUGUUGCCGAUGGAGACCCUGGUGUGCCCUAUGUUCGUACUGGUGACUUGGGAUUCCUGCAUACCGUCACUCGACCAAUUGGCCAUGGGGGUCAGGCUGUGGAAAUGCAAGUUCUCUUCGUUCUAGGAAAUAUUGGCGAGACUUUCGAGGUCAACGGCCUUAAUCAUUUCCCAAUGGAUAUCGAAAACUCUGUGGAGGCAUGCCACCGAAAUAUUGUGAGUGGUGGCUCUGCAAUUUUCCAAGCAGGUGGCUUGAUUGUAGUUGUGGUUGAGGUUACUCGGAAGGCUUUCCUGGCAUCUCUUGUUCCUGUCAUUGUCGAUGCAGUCCUCAAUGAGCACCAGGUAGUAGCAGAUAUUGUUGCCUUCGUCUCUCAGGGUGACUUCCCCCGUUCCCGCCUCGGCGAGAAGCAACGCGGAAAGGUCUUGGCUUCAUGGGUGACCCGCAAACUGCGUACAAUCGCCCAGUUCAGCAUUCGCGACCUGGAUGACAAUCCAUUUGCAGAGCUACCACAGCAUCGUGCUAGCCGCGACUCUAAGCCCGGAAGCAUUAUGGGUAAUAGUACUCGUCGUGGGUCAACCCUGAACCCCGAAACCGAUAUUCCUGCAGUGCCUAUAUCCCCAGGGGGUGUGGUUCUUGAAGAAACAAUCGCUCCUCAAGCAACCUUCCCCGAUGUGCACCCCCAAGCAACACUGCCCGAGCUCGACACCCGCACUGAUCGUGCAGUCUCUGCAACCCCCGUUCCUGCGCCAACUUCUGCGGUGCCACACAUCCAGGAACCACAGUCAGCCACAAUCAUGUCCGCUGAUGACGACCAUCACUUCGAUUCCAUGGAGCCCCUUCAAGACAACUCGGCCCAGGGCGGAGCUCGCGAUUUCAGAUUCAGCUUCGAUAUGGUUAGCGCCCCCGUCGACAAUACGACCCAAGAACAUUAUCACCAAGGUAGUGAGCGACCUUCUACGGGCCGUGACUCUCUACCAAGUCAACAACAUGGUGGUUACGAUGGCAAUGCCGACUAUGCCAGCCACUCCUACGAUGAACGACCACGCUCAGGAACCCAGGAAAGUGGGGUCAUCGAUGACUGGCCCCAAGAAGCUCUCAUGUAUCAAACUUCGUUCGGUGAACAGGAUGAGUUGGACUUCUCCCGUCGACCAAGUGCCCACAGCGCAAACGUACGACAACGCUACGAUGGCACAGGCUACCUGUAG